AAUAAUAAUGAAAAUUGUAUUUUGCAUUUCUUGAUACCAUUUCUUGAUAUCCUUUUCACAGGCUUACCAGUAGAGAAAAGAGCCAUAUCCGUCCCUUCUGCUUCCUCAAGCUUCCGUCAUGCUCAAAUCCUUCUCGCUUUGUGCAGUGAACCCGAGCCCACUCUUUCCUUCCCAGAGUUCAUUCCCUAACCCUAAUCCUUGUUAUCAUUCUCCUUCUACCUCCAUUGUUUCCUCUCUUGGUCUUCCCUACCAGAUUCGAAAACCUUUCCCUUGCUUUGCUCUUUCCGGCAAGUCCGACCCAGAACCUGACCGUAAACCCAUCGCCAAUCCUCAUUCCGAAGCAAAAUCAAGAACCAGCCAUCGGAGAUCUGAAGUUCCCCAAAACAAAGAUGAUGAUCACGAAAACACUAGCAGAAAUUUCCCAACUACAAUCCCUAGGAAACCAAGGCGCGGCCGCCGGAGCGAAGCAGUCGCCGUCGAAGAUUAUGUGCGCAACUCUCUUGAGAAGACAUUUGCAUCGAUUCGAGAGCAAAAUCCGGAAAUGUUUGAAGCUGGAAAAAACAUUAUGAAGGAGAGUGCAGAGGACGAGAUUACAUCUGAUGACACCGAUGGUGAUAAUGAUGAUAAUAGCAAUAAAGGAGUUGAUAACGUUGGUGGUGGAGAUAGAAAGGAGUUGGUGGUUGAGGAGGAUAGCUCAGAUUGGCCACUGGACGCUGAUGUUGGUUGGGGAAUCAGAGCAUCAGAGUACUUUGAGAAGCACCCGAUUAAGAAUGUUGUUACGGAAGAUGGAUUUGAGAUUGACUGGGAAGGGGAGAUUGAUUAUGGCUUAGUGCAGGAGAUCAACUGUCUGGAGUGGGAGAGCUUUGCUUUCCAUCCAAGUCCAUUGAUUGUUCUUGUGUUUGAAAGAUACAACAGGGCAACCGACAACUGGAAGGCUUUGAUGGAGCUUGAGGAGGCAACCAGAGUAUAUUGGAGGACCAAAGAUAAAUUGCCUCCUCGGACUGUGAAGGUAGAUAUCAACAUUGAGAAGGAUUUGGCAUAUGCUCUUAAAGUUAGAGAAUGCCCUCAAAUUUUAUUUUUGCGAGGAAACAAGAUUGUGUACAGAGAAAAAGAGACACGAACUGCGGAUGAAUUGGUGCAGAUGAUUGCGCAUUUUUAUUAUAAGGCAAAGAAACCUUCAUGGGUCAAUGAUGCAGCCUUGUGAGGGUGUUUUAUUCUAGGUACCUGAUCUAAAAUUUAAGGAUACUUCUUUGAAUGAACCCUUGUUACCAUGAGAUCUGUUUCCAGGUUUCUUGCCCUUCUAUAUGUAAUUUCCUGUCAAUGCAGGUGUGAUGCAUUGGAUGGAUGGCUCCUUUGGCAAUUCAGGUCUGUCUAAGGUCAAAAUCCAGGGUGACCUCAAUGUUGUAGGAGUGUAAAUCCCCAACUUGACAUCGCCUGUUGAUUUCCCUCUCAUGAAAAAGCAAAAUCCAAAGCAGCAAAAGCAUAAAGCCAAAUGGAUUUUGUCAUGUAAUCCAUUCAGCCCAAAGUUCAUUAAGAUUUGCUCUACCUUUCGUUGUA